CAUCCGAAUUUAUUUUACUGAGGCCCUGUUUGUACCGUACUAGAUCGUUGGAUAAAUUGGAGCAAGCGGAUAGGCAAACGCUACUCGUUAAAAGUUAGGAAUUCAAGGGAAGAACUUUUCAAAGGAACGCGGCUCCUGUGCUAAAGGAAAUCAAUAAAAUGUCGGAGAUUGUUGGACUCACCGAAGUCCAGGAUAUGGAGGCUGAAGUAAAACUUCUAAAGGCAAAGUUGGAAAAAGUUGAGAAGGCUGAAAAUAUGUCAAAGGCCUGCUCACGAAUCGCCGCUGCUGUUUCUUCGAAUCAGGAAAACGAUGCCUUUGUAUUAACAGAAGGCAGUCUACCUAACAAAUUCCACACGAUGACAGGCUCGGGCGGAGAAGCAGGAUGCUGUGUCGUAUCGUGAAUGAAAUGUUUACUCUAUCGAAGUCAUGCACCUCUUCAAAGACCGAACUCCCUCCCUCGAAGAGCCCCCUCGUGGACAAUGGCCAAAGGAAGGGGUUUGUGACUCAUGCUUAUGUGUUCACUGUUACCUUGCCAAUCACGACGCUUUCGACCGUGUUUUCCCGUGGUAUGCGUACAACAUGUCUGAAUUUUCGCAAACAGCGCUUUCUCGAAAGUUUGUGAGCAGAAACCUCAUCCAGAAGAUAGCUAACGAAAAUAACCAUGGUAAUAGAAACGUCAUUGUGAUAAUUGACAGGCAAAAAAGAUUUGUAUCAUCCUUGACUAAAGCAGUAUUUUUUAACUUGCAGUUGCUUGUUUUGGUAUGCACAAACCUGAUGGGGGGAGAUUACUAUUUAGGCAGAAUGGAAAAUUGAAGAAAUAUUACAUUUUAAACUACGUGUGAAUGACUAUUGUGACCUGAAUCGUCAGAACCUGCGACAAUACUCAUAGACUCAUGAGUUUCACUCAUGCUGCUGUGACGAACUGUCAACUCUUGCAAUCGUUUUAUACAAAGUUCAGUUUCAGGGUCUUGCUGGUCUCUGCGAUAACUCUUAGGAUUCAUUGGCUGUCGCGUCAGAACUGGCUGGCGAUAAGAAUCUUUCUGAAAUUGAACCCUUCGACCUUCGAUUCCGUAUCGGUAUUCUGCUUUUGCGUGACUUUCCCCGAAGCUUGUACCUUGAUAAUUUUUUUCGCUAUUCCUUUGAAUUUUGUUUGCCGCUAGCCAUUCACUCACACGAUCAUAUUCUCGUGCCCGUUCAAGACUCAACUUCGUCGACGACUCUGGUGAAAAGAACAAACACGGUGAGAAAUAUUAAGUCACUGAAACGGUAAAAGCUGAAGAGAGAGUGUUUUAAAACUUACUGGCAUAAUGUCGAUCAAAGUAGCGCAUGAUCCAGGUUGUACCAAAAGGAAGUGGGAAAAGAAAAAGACCUUGGAAUACGGCUUUUCGAGUAAAAAGGUACCCAAUAAGUGUAAGCUGACCCAAGACUAGUGAAAAUACAGUUUUUUGAAGAACUCCAGGAAACAUUGCUCCGCCACUUUCAUACACCGGCUGAUAUACGUAUAGUAUCUGCUUCUUGUAAACAAUGAGGGAAAACCCGAAGUAAAGAGUCCCAAAAGGAAGAAUCAUCGGGCAUAUUACCACAUACAUAAAUAUGAUCAUUAUAACAAAAACUUGUGCCGGGAAUUCCCAUCCGUACUGAAUAAAAAUAAAUGCAGAAAACGAGAGUGGUAAGUGCAUUGUAGUAGUAAUACAAUUGAAGAAGCGAUUUGAUUUCAGAAUACUUACAAGAAUAUUCUCCGGGGAAUAUAUUUCGUCGAGCUCACGUUGCGUGAGUUUCGAAAGUGGUGAUAGCAUUCUUCGCAGACACAUCUUUGAUAAAGCACCAAAUCGUAGAAACACCAUAGGUAGACCUACAAGAAUUUUUGUAACUAACAAAGAAACGAAAUAUCCAACCAUAAAUGGCAUGGAUUCCCCAAGAAGGCCCAAUAUGCUAGUCGGAUGGUCAAUAAUAUCGGCCAGUGACUUCCAGACACUACCCGCUGUCACAGAAACAUACAGAUUGAGUACCUGAAAAUAGAAAUACCGCCCAAGCAUCGAAUUUUGUACAUCUGACAACCUUUUGCGUCUCUCAUAGUUCCUUGCGAGAAAUUCGAAAAUAAGAGGAAGGAUCAUCGUUAAGAGGAGCAAAGCGGCAACAGGUAGAUAACCAUUCACAAAUUGAGAUACACUACCGCCUCCAGCCGUGAGAAUCCAAUGCAUCCCCGGUAUCUUAGCAAUAUAAUC